GUCAGACUCAGACGGUGUUGUGUGGUGCUUGCCGGUGAACAAGUAUUGCGUACUGCAGGAGAUUCAGUGUAUUUAGUAGCCUGUAUUCCGUAGCCAAUGUUUCGGGGAAAAUGCACGUUAGAUAACCUUUAACGGAGCCAAAUUCCUGACCAAGAAUAAGAAUAGGCUAGGUUCUCUGUUCCUAAGCCUAUUAAAAAAAAAAAAAAGUUCACAUCAGAGUGGCGAUGUGGCUUCUUGUGGUUAGAUGGUGGAUUUGCAGUGUGUGCGAUACUGACAUUGAAUCAGGACUGUGAUCAGGGCGGUCCUUUCUGCUCAGAAGAAGAAUUAUUCACUCGGAGCAACAAAUUAAUUACUGAGAGAUUCAUUUCAUUGCGUGAUGGGGAAUGGGCUCUGCACCGAGAAAGCAGGUUCUCCCAGUAGAGGAGCAGUCUCUUAGCACCGAUUCAUCCUCAUCUUCCUCAUCACCACCUUCACUGUUUAAUAACUCUGCUGUGCCGCUGAUCAUCAUCACAGCUCCGUCUCGAGAAAACCUCUUAGAGACGCCCGUGUGUCUGAAGAUAGCGGACGCUAAUAACGAGCCGCGGCCCGUGGGAGGUCCCGUGUAUGUUGGUCGAGGUCGUUUUGUCACGGGCACAGCCUGAUUUACACCGGUUUGCUGCUCUUUACACGCAACGUACAGUCAUGCAACAUUAAAUUGCUAUAUGUGUUACAGUAAUCAUUGACCCAGGCGAAUGUGGAGUGAUCGGAGAUGGAAAACACAUCAGAGACAGAUCUAGAGCCGUUAAAGCUGAAAUCUUUAAAAACCGACAAGACGUUUGUAAUACCGCACAGAGAACGGUUGGGGAAAUGCAGGAGUGUGAAGGAGUUUGAGAAGAUGAACCGGAUUGGAGAGGGAACUUAUGGCAUCGUGUACCGAGCACGUGAUACAAGGACAAAUGAAAUUGUUGCCCUGAAGAAAGUGCGAAUGGAUAAAGAGAAAGAUGGGAUUCCCAUCAGCAGUUUGAGGGAAAUUAACUUGCUUCUCAGAUUGAGCCCCAGACCAUCACACGUUCAGUGUGCCAUUGAUAUCACAAAAGCAUCUGUAGGAGCUCUUGUAGUCUUGACCAGCGGUGUGCUGCGUGUUCUUCACGAACAGAUGUUCAUGUUCUCCUGUUGCAGGGCCGUCGGCUGCAUCUUUGCUGAGCUUCUUGCCCAUAAACCUCUUCUGCCUGGAGCCUCAGAGAUCCAGCAGGUGGAUUUGAUCGUACAGCUGUUAGGAACACCUAAUGAGAGCAUCUGGCCGGGCUUCUCGCGCCUGCCGUUGGUUGGGCAGUACAGUCUGAGGAAGCAGCCCUACAACAACCUAAAGAACAAGUUCACCUGGUUAUCAGAAGCUGGUUUGAGACUGCUUAACCUGCUGUUCAUGUACAACCCACAGCGCCGAGCUACAGCUAAAGAUUGUUUAGAAAGUUCCUACUUCAAGGAAAAGCCCUUGCCGUGUGAACCAGAUCUGAUGCCCACGUUUCCUCAUCACAGAAACAAACGAGGAGGCUCUGUGAUGGAAAACCAGUCCAAAAGAAGCAAAGUCUGACGUUCUGCUGCCUGAUGAGUGACGCUCGUCACCGAUGGCAUCACAGACGUGUUCUACUUUCCAAAUGGAAAUUUCUGUUAUUUCUUCUGAAAGAUAUUGUGCAAAUUACAUUAAGGUUCAGACUUACAGACAUGAGAUACAUUGUAAAUAAUACAAAUAUAUCCUACUUAGGUGAGUUGUACUUGAAUGAUGCUGCUGUUUUUGUACAAAGAUUAAAAAAAGCUUUCUGUUCUGAAUGCAUUGGCACGUGAUUCAU